UUCAAAACAAGAGCCGUAUAUCUAUACAAGAGCAGCUUACGGGCUCUGUAGCAUCAGACAAGGUAUCACCUAAUGAUGGAAGAAUUUGAAGAUGACGCUCCUUCUGCUGAGGACCUGGUUCAAUGUGACACCUGCAAAAGAUGCUUUUUACCUAAAGUCCUGGAUAAGCAUUCCAAAAUCUGUCAGAAAUCUGCAGCUAAAAAGAGGAAGGUUUUCGACUCCAGCAGACAGAGAGCUGAAGGAACUGACAUCUCCACACUUAAACCUAUCAAACCAAAGUCACAAAGUUCAGCUGCUGCUGAGAAAGCAGAGCCUCCGAAAAAGCCUUCCAACUGGCGCAAGAAACACGAAGACUUCAUCGCUACCAUCAGAGCUGCCAAGAACAUAUCUCAGGUCAUUAAGGACGGGGGGCCGCUGCCCCCACCUCCACCUCCGACUUAUGACCCAGAUUAUAUCCAGUGUCCUUACUGUCAGCGGAGGUUCAACGAGAACGCAGCCGACAGACACAUUAAGUUCUGCCAGGAGCAGCAUGCUCGAAUGCCCAGCAAGGGCAAGCAAGAGGUCAAGAAGCCGGCUGCUCGAACACAGUACAAGGCCCCUGCUCCGGUGAAGAAGGCCAACACUCCUGCUGUGUCGACCAUCCCCUCAGCGUCGUCUCGUCUGCCACAGAGAUCAGGCCUGGGGCAGGCCACUGGAAUCCCCUCUAAUAGACCCUCAGCAGGUCUGGUGAGGAAUAAUCCCUCUGGACUCAUAAGUCCACCUUCAGGUGUGGGAAAUAAGACCCGAGUAAUGAGCUCCGGCUAUGGCUCUGUGAGGAACAGUCAGUCUGGAAUAGGACAAAACAAGAAGAGAGUGGACUCCUACGCAUCAAGGAACAAUGUUGAUGGAAGGAGUGACGUUGGCAACGGCGAGACGAAGAGCAAGUUCUGCCACGCUUGUGGGACCAAGUUCCCCGUUGAAUCUGCCAAAUUCUGCUGCGAGUGCGGAGUCAGGAGGAUGUGUAUCUGACGGGCUCUGAAGACGGAGAGAGCAAAGGAAAGUAGGGAUGCAGCAGUACACAAGUUACUAUCGGAGGGUUUCACCAAAGCUAAUAGGAACAAAUAAAACAUAUCUGUCUUUAUUUUCACGUGUGGGACUAUAGUUUCCUGAAAGGUGUAUGAUUAUCUGAUAACUCUGUGGUGCUGGUGUUCCUCUUCUGAAUGCUUUUGAGACUUCACGGUAGAAAGCUAAGAGCUAAAAACUGAUGAAUAACAUUACAUUUUGAUGCAAUCCUGCUAAGAAGUAUUCAAAUUCAAAGGGCAGCCCUCUGUGUUUUCACUUACACUGCUUUAAGAACUAUUAUCUUCGAUAUAUGAUUCAUUUUGAAUGAACCAGAGUGAUAAGAUACAGUGGCUUACAUGUAAAAUUUUGAGGGUUUAAAGUUAUCAAUGCUUGAUAUGCUUCUCUGUCUUUGCUGGACUCGCUCGCUGCACUUCCUGUACUGCUUUGGAGUGAGACACCGUAGAGCGUUUUGGCUUUCACAGCUGGUGCGAAUGCAUCCUGAACAACAAGUAGGAUUUUAUGGGUGAGGCUUGGCAGCAGCACAAAAAGAUCCCGCUGCAUCCACGGAGGGGAUUAGAAGUGAGUACGACGAGGUAUGGGGUCAAAAAGAGGUUCUGAAAACACGAGACGGGACAAAUAGGAAAAUCAUGAAUGGUGAAUUGUCAGGUGGGUGGUGGAGCUCUGCAUUUCAGUCCACGGCCCACCUUGUUCUGAUUUGCAUUCCUGAAACUCAUCAGCCUCCACUUCCUCUUUCAUUGAAGUGCAAUAUGAUUGACUACUGAAGAAACUGUUUUUGUAAUAGGAAAAAAAAAGGCUUAAAUUUCUCCUUUACGCUCCGUUUUAUGAGGGACCAGUCUGAACACUAUAUAUCAGGUCACUGAUCCAUUUGAAGUUACUUUAGAGACAAAUACAUUUCCCUCAUAGACCAAUGUAGCAUUUGCUCUUUCUUUUUUUUUUACUUUAUUUUGUUUACAUUAAGGUUAGUUAUUUAUUUUCAUAUUCCCCUUUUCCUCGACUGAAUAAACAACGGCUUCACCUUUUCUGUAAAACUACAGAAUGUGUUUUUAAUUUGGUUGAUAUGAAAAAAUCAAAUGCACCUGAUGUGUUGCCAUAGUUAUGUUUUCCAGACAGUGUUUUUGUUUUUUUUUUCCCUCUGGGCAGCAUUCAGUGGAUUACAAUAUUAAACACAAGUAUGAAAUGUGCCGUAAGAUAUUGACUGACCCGACUUUGGACACCCCCACAUUUUCAGACGGUCAUGCAC